AUGACCGACACUUCUCCUGGAGGCAAGCCUCCACCUGACCCAGCGCCGAUCAUGAAUUCAUCAAUUGUAGCAGCAAAAUCGCAUGAAUUCACGACUGCAGCAGAACCGCAUGAAAUCCAUGGCAGUGCUUUUUCUAUUAAAGACUAUCAAUGA